AUGCUGUCGCUACGCAUACGAGUAGAAACGGAAACUGUAGCAGGAGCCGCCGCCGCAACAGUAGGCCCAGUAAACCAUAUACUGCAUUCGAUGUUCAAUCAAAUCGAUGUAUAUUUCAACCAAAAGUUCGUGUCUCCUCCAAACAAUGCUUACGCUUACCGCGCUUACAUAGAGGCGUUAUUAAAUUAUGCUUCACCAGUAAAAACCUCCCACCUGGCUUCGUGGUACAACGAUACAGCGAGGAACAUGGACGCUCUACCGACACCAUACAAUCAUGGACUCGACAAGCGUGCCGCUUUUGUACAAUUAGGGCGAACUCUGGAUCUCGUAGAGGAUCUUCACUGCGACGUCUUCAACCAAGAUAAAUUUUUGAUCAGUGGUGUUGAAGUACGCAUGAGGCUUGUUCGUUCAAAAGAUUCCUUCUGUCUUAUGGAGGGAAAUACUAUGUCGGAUGCGCGUUUUAGAUGCUACACUACUCAUCAGAAGAGCUAG